AUGUUUUUAGAUAAAUUAAUUAAGUUAUUAAUAUUAAAUCAAGUAAUCUGUAGUGGUUUUUAUUAUACGAGACAUAAUAAUUCUUACAACUAUCCUUCUGGAACAACUUUCUAUAGAAAAAAUACCGUAAUGAAUAACCCUAAUAAAGAUAACAGUAAAAGAUUUUAUAUGGCAAAAGGUGAAUUAGAUACUGCCACAACUAGUGAUAAUAGUCCUGUAGUUGUUCCUAUGGAGAACAUUUUUAGAAAUUUACGGGCUUUUGCUAAACCUAAAAAAGGUGAACUUAAUGAUAAUGAACUUAUAGAAUAUAUUAAAUCAAUUGGAGGAGAUUAUGGUUCUUUUAAUCAAAAAUUAGAUUUUGCUAAAAAAUUUGCUCUUGCAGGUGACCUUCAUCCUGCUAUAAGCCAAGUAAUUCUAUAUUAUACUAAAAUAGAUAAGAAUGGUAAAAAUGAUGAAUUAAAAACACUUGCAGAUCAUUUAAAAAUGGUUAAUUCAUCUGCUCAUACAAUUGUUGAUAAAAAAUCUUCAACACAAGAAAAAGCUGAUAAAAUGGAUUUAUUAUUUGCUAAUUUAACAAAUGCUCUUACCAACUAUAUGAAAUAUAAAGAAAAAUAUAAUGAACUUGAAGGUGUUAAUUAA